CAGCGUCCAGCUAACGCUCAUAGCAAUCCCGGAUUCUUAGGCAGUACUGUUGCGUUUUCCGUGGUAAGGUUUCUUUUGAAACGCUUCAUUUUCCGCAAAAACUGAAGACGCGGGAGAACAAAAGAGCAUUAUUAGGAGAUUUCACCAAUAUACGUCGAUCAUGGUCUCCAGUGAGUACAAACUGAACCAGGGACCUGAGGAUGGCAUCUCAGCGGUCAAAUUCAGCCCAAGCAACUCUCAGUUCCUGCUAGUUUCCUCCUGGGACUCUACGGUCCGCCUCUACGACGUUGUCGCAAACACCAUGCGGAUGAAGUACCAGCACGAAGCCCCGGUUCUCGACUGUGCUUUUUUUGACCCGACACACGCUUGGAGUGGAGACCUGUACGCAAAAUUAAAAAUGCAUGACUUGAACACGGACCAAGAUACAAUAGUGGGAAAGCACGACGCUCCCAUUCGUUGCGUGGAAUACUGCCCGGAGGUGAACGUGAUGGUGACGGGGAGCUGGGACAUGUCAGUUCGACUGUGGGAUCCCAGGGCACCCUGCAAUGCCGGCACCUUCUCGCAACCCGAUAAGGUGUACACGAUGUCCGUGGCUGGGGACAGGCUGAUCGUAGGCACAGCAGGAAGGCGUGUGCUGGUGUGGGACUUGAGGAACAUGGGCUACGUGCAGCAGAGGCGAGAGUCCAGCCUCAAGUUUCAGACCCGUUGCAUCCGGGCUUUCCCCAAUAAACAGGGCUAUGUCUUGAGUUCCAUCGAGGGCCGCGUGGCUGUGGAGUACCUGGACCCGAGCCAGGAGGUUCAGAAGAAGAAGUACGCCUUCAAGUGCCACAGGCUGAAAGAGGACGGAAUGGAGCACGUUUACCCUGUCAACGCCAUCUCUUUUCACAGUGUUCACAACACCUUCGCUACAGGUGGCUCGGACGGCUUCGUCAACAUCUGGGACCCAUUCAACAAGAAGCGCCUGUGCCAGUUUCACCGCUACCCGACCAGCAUCGCCUCGCUGGCCUUCAACAACGACGGCAGCAUGGUUGCCAUAGCCUCGUCCUACAUGCAUGAGAUGGGCGACAUCAGCCACCCGGAGGACGCCGUAUACAUCCGCCAGGUCACUGACGCAGAGACCAAGCCCAAGUGACCUCUGCCGCCACAGUAUGCCGGUCUCCAUCUCUUGCCUCUUGGCUUUUCCAUAAACAGCAUUCAAAAGCUAAACGGAAGAGAAGCUGAAAAUGGUUCCCCCCUUUUUCUACUGUGCUGUGAAUAUACACUUGAACAGCAGAAUGCAAGCCCCCUGGAAUUUGGUUUAAUCUUAUCGCACCAUGCUUUGCAGGUUUUUUAGGUGUCUUUUUCAAAGUAUUUUAGCAUAAAAGGUGCAAGAGGAAAAAUACAAAAGAACACUUGGUUGCUUCCAAGCAGCUUUAGUUGAUUCCUCUCCUGUUUUUGUGGUUCACAGGUCAUUCAAAGUCCACCUUUAACGCCUUUAUCUGCUGGCAUCCAGUGUAACUUUUUAUAUAGUCACCUUCUUCUUUGUCUUUCUCUCUAACGCAGCAGUUUGUCCUCUUCUGUUCUUCUCUUGAUGUUUUGUUCUGACGAGAAAUCCUCCUAUUUGCCUCAUUAAAAAAAAUGUUUUUUGACAUAUUUGGGUUUUGUUGAGGUCAUCAUCAAAGUUCUUCUGGUUAGGCAUGUGUCCUGGACGACCUGCAUGACCCAGACGGUGGCCGGCGCUGAUGAGACAUCAACAGCCUAAACCAGAACCCGCUUUAUUGAUGAAGAAGACUGGAGUAAUUGCGGUAAUCUGUGUCCGGCCGGCUGGGGGGGAAGCAGAACCGGUCGCACCAAAAAUGAUGAAAAUGAUUCGCAGUAAGACCAACAGGAGACUUUUUUUUCCCCCAUCCUAAAGAUUGUCAAUUGCAUCAUAAUAGAAUUUGUGAAGCCCUUCAGCCCAAAGCAGAGAAGAUAAGAGAUGGGAGUCAAUGAUUCUACUGAAGCGGUAAUUGCUUCAAUGCGUCUCUGCAGCAUCCUGGAAAUGAUUAGCUCGCUUUGUUGCAGUAAUUCCCUUGAUUGUGGAUGGCUGAUCGGAUCAAAGCCUAAUAUGAAAUGGCAUUUACGCUGCUGCCUUUUGUUUGUCGAACAAAAAUCGUAGGGAUUUUUUUUUUUUUUUUGAUGCUGUGCUCCUAUCAGCAAGUUCAAUACAUUCAGACUCCAUUGUAACCUGUAAAAUCCUGUGUUUCAGCUCUGCCGGAGAACUUUCUCCAGCUUGAUUGCUGAAAAUGUCCAUCAAAAUUCUAAAAAUCUACUAAUACAGUAGUCUUUAAAAUUCAUACUUGAGUUUUUCCAUAUUUGAAUCAAGUAAAGAGGCUAAUGGCUAUUUGAAAGGGUUGUCACAAGAUCUCG